AUGGCAGCCAAAUUCAUUCCGCGGCAGGCAUUUCCCAGCUAUGCCUCCAUUCCAAGAUCAUAUUAUCUUGGCCAUCACAGAGCCGGAUUGAAGAAGAUGCAGAACAUGCUAUCUUCUAUUGACUAUGUUAUCGAGUGCCGUGACUACAGAGUACCGGUAACGUCUAUUAACCCCAUGUUUGAAGAGGCUUUGGGAAAGACAAGGCGGUUAGUAGUUUACACCAAGAGGGACCUGGGUGCAGAGCCUCGAUCAUCUGCACAGCAAGUGGCCGAAAAGACAAUCAAGAAGUUUGAUUCGAGUAGUGCCGUGUUUUUCGUCAGCUCCUCCUCCCGAGCGGAUGUCAGUUCGAUUCUGGCACAUUUGCGAAAUGAUGCUGAAGGGCCUGAUAAGCUCGUCGGCUGUCGCGUGAUGGUUGUUGGAAUGCCGAAUGUCGGCAAGUCCACCCUGAUCAACAAUCUGCGCAACCAAGGCGUAAGAAAGGCCAAGGCCGUGCAGACGGGAGGCCAGCCUGGUAUUACACGGAAGAUCGGGACACCCGUCAAGAUCAUUGAGCGGGACAAUGGAGCACAUGUUUACGUUUUGGACACUCCGGGGGUUUUCAUGCCCUAUGUGCCGGAUGCCGAGAAAAUGCUGAAAUUAGCUCUCUGUGGCUGUGUGAAAGAUUCAGUUAUUUCACCAGUCACAUUGGCGGACUAUCUUUUAUAUCAUAUCAAUCUGCAUAACCCGGGGCAGUACCAGCGCUGGUCUCAACCCACAAACGAGAUCUCGCCUCUCCUGGACAGCUUUGCUCGGCAAACUGGUCUCCUUGCUAAAGGAGGGAUACCUAACAUUGACCUUGCCGCACUUCAUUUCAUUCAAAAGUGGCGAUCUGGCGAGCUAGGACGUUUCAUACUUGACGAUUUACAGGCAGAGCAGCGCCGCAUCGAAGAAGGAAUUGAGAACCACGUGGGUAUCAGUAUAUCUCAGGCCUUGAAGGCUGAGCGAAUGGCGAGAAAGCAGCCUGCCUCUGCUUCUUAA